ACACACACACACACACACACACACACACACACACAAAUUGUGGGUGAUCCUAAGAGCUAGGAGCACUAUUGAAAGUACGAAUAAACCAACAACGUAAGGAAUGUUCUUGUCAGCAAGCUUAAUCAAAGGAUGCACCAACUGGAUACAGGUCAAGGCUCAGCUAGGAAAAUAUCCCAAGAUGCAUUAUGUGCUACAAUUGUGGAAAUACAUCCGGCAGUACACAGCCAUUCCAAUUUACAAAGAGACUUGCAUUCUUAGAGCGUUGUCGAGUAUGUUCUUAUGAAACUGUACUUGCCGAGUUCAUGAGACCCUCUGCAUUCUUCCCAUUGGGAAAUGGCCCAUCUACCUAUUAACCAAUCUGUAUAUCUCUUGAUCUCCUGUCUGUCUGUUCACCUCUCAUGCUAAAAUACACACUUAUUACUGGUUAUCCGUGAGUUUUUACCCCUAUUUCCUUCUUUCAAUUGCUAUUCCCAAGUUGUCCAAAUCCCAUUUCCCAGAGGUCUGGAACACCGCACUAGCUCACAGACGGCUCUUGAGGACGUCACGUGAGAUUCGCCGAAGCGGAUUUCGGUCAUUCGGAGCGCACGCGCUUUGAGUGGAGUGUCCAGCAGGGGACAGUAAACGUUGUCAGGUAACGGAGACCAGGUUGCUACGAGAUUGAAGGAGGGGAGGAAGAAAGUAGGGGGCGUGUCCUUAUAGUCGCUCCCAUGUUGCGCAGCGUGGAAAUGUGACGUGUGUGGAGCGCACACAUACAUUACACGAGAGUAGAGAGCGAAUGUGAGCGUAGUGUGUUUGUUGUGUGAGUGCGUGUGACAGACUUUCACAGCGGAAAAGUGCCUCUGGCGAAGCCCUCCCCGCCCCCGGCCGGCUGUGGCUCCCGGCUGACCCACGGACUUCAUUCUCGCUGCCAAUUUCGGACUCCUGGAACUUCAAAAGAAGAAGAAGAAAAAAGAAAAAAAAAUAGUACCGUCAUUUUUGGGUCGUAAGCGAUGCUCUGGCAGCAUGGCCAAGUGGUUCAAGGAGCACCUCGGAUUCAAAACUGCCAAAGCACCCCCUCCGGCGCCCCCGAAGCCGGACUACCGACACUGCCUCACCGGUGUGCCCGGCGCGCCUGGCUUCCAACCUGGGGCCACUUUCACGUUGAGCCCCGCUCAGCCGGACAUCCUCGCUGCAUACAAACUCCAAAAGGAGCUGGACUUCGAGGACCCGUACACUCCCGGUGGAAAUAUCUCGUUUGCCGUGGGCUCACCGGACAUCAAAUACGUGUCACCGAAGCACCGUCUCAUCAAGGUGGAGACGGUGGAGAAGCCCAACCCGGCGCCGGGUGCCGGUGUUGGUGGAGGAGGAGGCGGUACGAUGGUGGUCGCUCAAGCCGUCGCAGUGGGCAGUGUGAAAUCUCCUACGUCGCCCCCCACGGAGCAGGACAACAAGGAGAAGCUCAUUAUCCUGGAGGACUACGCCGACCCGUUUGACGCCGAGCAGGCCGGCGGCACGCAGGCCACCACGGAAAAAGUGACCACCGAGAAUGAUGGAUACAUGGAGCCGUACGAGGCUCAGAAGAUGAUGGCGGAAAUCCGAUCCAGUGGUCGUGGGUCAAAGGACGGCAGCACCAAGCAGCUUCCCCUGUAUGACACUCCGUACGAGCCCACGGAGAACGGUGGAGACUCUGACCCUGAACGCUCGCGCUGCCCUCGAGAGAGUCGACUGCCUCAGGACGACGAGCGGCCGCCCGAAGAGUACGACCAGCCCUGGGAGUGGAAGAAGGAGAGAAUUUCCAAAGCCUUUGCAGUAGAGAUUAAAGUGAUCAAGGACCUUCCGUGGCCCCCUCCGGUGGGGCAACUCAACAGCAGCCCUCCCCUGGUGGAGGAGCUGGAGUCGCCCUCGCAGACGGCUCAACAAUCUCCCGGACAAGCCGCCAGUGAGCAGCACCAACAGGUCCAGUUUGACGGCGUGGAAAAAUCUAGAACGUCGCCCACCAAGGAUGGGAAAACCCGUCCGCUGCAGCGGCACUCCAGCGGCUGCUUGGUAAACACCAAAAUGACGUCAGCAGAGCAGCUCGGCUCGUCCGUAGGGGAACGCAUCGAUCCCAGCAUGGCCUUGGAAAGCCAAUUCUGGUACCACGGCGCCAUCAGUCGGACGGACGCAGAAUGCCUGCUCCGACUGUGCAAGGAGGCGAGCUACCUGGUGCGGAACAGCGAAACCAGCAAGAAUGACUACUCCCUCUCACUUAAGAGCAGCCAGGGCUUCAUGCACAUGAAGCUGUCCAGGACCAAGGAGAACAAGUACGUCCUUGGCCAGAACAGCUGCCCCUUCGACAGCGUGCCCGACAUCAUCCACUUCUACUCCAGCCGCAAGCUGCCCAUCAAGGGGGCCGAGCAUAUGUCCCUGCUGUACCCCAUCGCCAUCAGGACACUAUAGUCCCCCACACAAACCAAUACCCCCAUUAUGGAAAGGGAAAUCUCAAAACUGCUGAUUCUGACUCACCUCACUUGUUGACCGAUUCCCAAGGAUCCGUCUUUUAUGCAGGAGUUUUAUUUGUUUAUUUAUGACCAACACACGCUUACUUCCCUUUUUUGGGGGGUUCCCACUGAGAGGCAACACUUUUAUUUGUUGCGGCUCUUCAUUUGGAAAACUUGGGUUUUCUGUGAGGCUAAUACAAAGGAUGGGCACCUGACUCAAUUGGGUUUCAGCAGAAUGAACGCUCGAUAAUGCUACCAAAAAGGUCGCCAUGGUUGAGGUCUGUGUGAUUUGUGACAGUUAAGAAACCAGACUGUGGUUUCUUUUUCAGGCUGUGAUCACGCACAUCUCAACUUGUCAUUGUCACACCCCCCGUAGGCGUUCGGGGACUUGUCACAUUGACCUUCUUUAGACAGCAAACCAACUGAGACUUAUUGAACAGUGCACUCCAUUUUCCUAAAUUGCAUUAGGAAUUAGCUUCUAAACUAACAAACAAACCUGUGACGUAGCCUGCUAACUAGACAAAAUGGAACCGGCAUCAGCGCAUUCCUGAAGUUCUGAACUUCCAUUUCAUUGCCAGUUAGACUACUGACCAAAAAGACACUUUCUGAAGAUGUCUAAAUGGUGGUCUGGGUGCAUGUGUGACAAAAAAAGAAACAAGACUAUAGAUUCCUGACUUGUGUGCAUCCCCUGCUCUCGUUUCUUUAUUGUCAUAACUCGUAUGUUUUAGCUGGCCUUCUAACUAACUGAAAAGCAAGCAAGCCAGGGAGUAAACGAGUCCCAGGAUUGGAUUAUCAAUCAAGUACUAGACUCCUGCUUCCAUGCUGAUGGGGUAUUGAGAGGGUUAAUGUUGCCAGGAAAUGCCACUAUUGUGAAGGUCUGCGAGGAUAGAUCACAAUAAGGAAAGGAGACUGCGGCUUUCAGAUACCAGCAUAGCGCUCUGCUGUCACGUGACAGUCUCAUUUUGUUAUAGUCACUCCUCAUAUGCCUUAGCUGACAUAUUGUGUUCGUCUUUUUCAAACAGCAGUGAAUCAACUACGUCAGGAAUUAGCAUGCUACCUAAGAAACAAAGCGAGUAGCCCGCAAACAGACAACCUCAAAUUCUGAACUCCAGUUUCCAGAAUGGGUGACAAAAGAAGAAACUAGACUAUGGCCCUGCUGAUGCGGCAGUCUCGUCUCUCUGACAUGUUGCCCUUUUUUUAAGACGUCAAACUCGCUGAUGCUGGUUCCAGCCGAGCGGUGCACUCUAUUUUGUCUCUGUUACAUCAGAAUACGUAAAGAUCCACGAAUUGUUAACAUGCCCAUCCCUAGUUGAUAGUCUAUGCACGUAGAUGUAUUGCAAAGGGGGAACAUGAAGAAGUCUGAGGGUGUCCGGCUUUUGCGUUGAUCUCUCUUUCAUGUCAUCAUCCAUACUCUCCGCCAUCCGUCAGCGAGGGGGAGGUGUGUUACACCAAUGGCAACCUAAGUGGCAAGACAUGCUGGGGAGAGAGCGUGAUGGACGGGUCAACCCAUCCAAAAAGCCCAAGUAGAGGAACUAACCCCCCCUUUUAACCCUGGAGCCGUCCCGCCUCCCCCCUUGCCACAACGCCUGCAUUGUCUACCUCAGAAAAUCAAUGCCAUUCAGCCGUCUGUCUGAAGAUCAAUAGGUACAGUGGGACGGCCCGCAUCGAUCCGCUCUCUGCUUCCUAAUUUCCUUAAAAUGGCAUCAUUCAUUUUGGAUUUAAAAGAAAAAAAAUGGGGGCGGGGGGAGGACAAUUCAAGCCCGGCUUUGGUGUGUUUUUGUCACUACUACAAUGCUGUGUGAUGUCAAACGUUUGGUUGAAGCCUUAUCAUGCAUGGAGAUCAGCUGACUGCUAUCCUGCUUUUGAACGAUUAUUCCCUGACUGUAAUUUAUUGGUGGGCUAAUUAGCGCCCCACUUUUUUUUGUCGUGAUCGUGUUCUCCGGGGUGACUCCUGUGGUGCUCUCGUUUUGCUCUUCUUGUGUGCUCGUCACGCCUCGGCCCAAUUCUUCCUGACCAAUCGCAGCGCAGUUUGAUGGAACCCCGAUGAACAUUUAAACUGCAACUAUACAUUUCACGUCUCCCAUUACAAAGACUCAAGAACACUGGCGGUCUUGCUUUGAACCACCUUAAGAAGGCCCAUCACUUCUUCCUGGAUUUUGCUCAACAAGCACACUUAAGAUUUUUUGCAAUGUAGAAUAAUUAAGGAAGAGAAUCGACUUGUACUCCAAUUCUUAAAUUAUGUCUGUAUUCUCCUUACAAAGCCUUUCGGCAAGUUUCUGUAAAUUGACGACCAACACCUUCAGGUUUGGCGGUUGAACUGUUGUGGAGUUUUCAGGUAACCUAAUUAGCAUUAGCAAUGCUAGUCCACAGACAAAUGUGGCGCAAUACCGUCAUAGACCCUAGUUGUUUGACAAUCAAUGGUCCGAUCCAUUGGUCCACUGUCUUAAGUUGUCAAAUCGUCCCGCUAAUAAUGAAAAAGGAGUUCAUGUUAGCGUUGCUGUUCCACAGAUGCGCAUCUCUGCCAUCGACCUUAUUUUCCUUCUCGAACUUUGCAGUCAUUUUUUGAGUUUUUCAACUGCUGACACCUUCAAGUUCCAAGUGUCCUUCUACUGUAGUAGAUAGUUUUCAUCUGCCCUGCUACUUUUUAACAUUCUGAUUUAACACCUUCAUGGACAACAGGAACAGAUUGACUGCCAUGGACAAUAUUGUGCCCUCUAAAAUUUCCAAAUUGUUCAUCUAAAAAAAACUUUUGAGUUCAAAGGCUCCACUGUUGAUGUUGUAUGCCCUGGCACCCUGAUAAUUUUGCAAAAUUGAGUUAGCGUAAACAUUGCUAGACAAAUGAACAACGAUGGCCCCAAAACACAAUUAGAGCUCUUCCAAUCAUUGGCUUUUAUUUAGUUAUCAGCGAAACACUUGCAUGCAUUUAAACGAGUUGCUUGCUGAGCAAAAACGCAAGAAAUGGUCAAGUUUAGGGGAAUUAACUGGCGAGUGUUCAUACUGUAGAGCUUUGGAGAGAUCACUGCUAAGUGUGUGCUAUGCAACUGGAAGACUCCUGAUUAGUGUUUCAAUGGUACCAACCGUCCCACGUGGUUGAUGGAAACGACUCCCCUGCCUAAAAAGUCGAACAGGGUGCGGUCGCGGUGACGACGUCUCUGCAGCUUUACUACGACUUUAAGUGGACCUAUGAGAGAAAAGAUUUUGAGAAGAUAAAUGAAUGUCGACGUCGGCUCUUAAUGACUGCUGCAAACGGGUGUUAUAGUACUAACAGGGAGGCCUUACUUAGCUUUGGAGGAAAUAGACUGCAAUCCACGGAGGACACUUCAUACAUCUCUAUGGAAAGCAUCUCUUCUGUCUGAAGUGUCUUAAAUUGUGCGUGUGAGUGUGUAUGUACAGCGUCCCCCUCAUGGCCAAAUGUAUAUACUGAAUGUAUCGUAAGCACGGGGGACGCAAAGGCAUCUCAGUAAAUAAAUAAAAGAAGAAAUAGGGUUUAUUAUGACUAAA